CCGUCAUCCAUCUUCCUCUCGUCGUCGGCUACGUCUAAACAUCAUGGUACGGUUCUAUUUCAGCUAUUUUCAGAGUAGACUGACUCCCUAUGAACAUUCAUAGGCGCGUAAUCAAGAGAAAGCCCAGUCCAUGCUCUACCGCUUCCGAGAAGCGCAAGCGGCAGAGCUUGGUCUAGGUACCCGAGCUGACCGCCGACCCAAGAUGGCCAGUGCCUGUAAAAACAUGCGCGAGUGUGAGAGGUGGCGUGGUGAGCUCCUCAGGGAGAUUAGUCGCAAGGUCGCGAAGAUCCAAGAUGCUGGUCUUGGUGACUACGAACUCCGUGAUCUCAACGAUGAGAUCAACAAACUCAUGCGAGAGAAACGGCAUUGGGAGAACCAGAUCGUGGCAUUGGGUGGAGCGAAUUACAAGCGUAAUGUAGCGAUGCUGGAUGACGACGGGAAAGAGGUCCCUGGGACGAAGGGAUACAAAUACUUCGGUCGCGCGAAAGAACUACCAGGUGUACGGGAACUUUUCCAGGGUCGUAAGAAGGAAGAGGAAGAAGACAACCUGGCGAUGGCGCAUUACCAGAAGUUCACGAAGCAGGGGCCUUCAUACUACGGCGAUCUUGACGAGAACGAUGGAACGCUGCUGGAGUAUGAGCGUGAGGCUGAAGCAGAAGAAUGGGAAGAAGCGGCUUCCAAUCUGCGUGAAGCACUCGAUCUUCCCCAAGACGCUGCCAUUCCAGGAAUUCCACCGUCAACUUCUCCGGCGAACCCUGAUGUCGAAAUGCCAGCCUCGACAGUCGAAGCUGACCAAACCUUGGCACACGCGAAGAUGCUCGUUUCCUACAUGCCCUUCCUCAAGCCCGAAAUGUUACUUGCACCGAAAUUGCCAACACCGAAGGAGGUCGAGUCGGUGUUACUUGUCCUGCAGAAGCAAGCUCUCGUCGAGGAGUACUUUGGCGCGACUGAUGGAGCAAUCCCAGCAGCAGCUUGAUCUUUACUCUGCUUCCCUGUGUAUGCAUUAUUCCGGCAUCCCCAUCCGGAGGAGGGUCUCCUACGCGCGUACUUAUGACCGUCCGCAUGAGAUUUCUGCACUGUGCGGAUCGCAGAACACGGUACCCGGAUGCCUAGGCUUCUACUGUGACAGUGCUGCUCUGUGUCGAAGCAUCUAGACCAUUGAGAACGCUUGCGAAGCAUAGCCAAUAGAAAAGACUUAUCUCGCUUAUUUCAUUUUGUCUGGUGACCAGUAUGCAACCUGGUUUUGUUUCCCAUUACGCCGUCCUCGAUUGCAGACUCACUCAGAAUGAAUGUGAAGUGCUUGCGGUCUCGGACGGGAUGAAGCAUAACCGACACACUUUAAAAUGUAGAUGUGUUGACUAGAGACUAGCAGCUCGUCGCGUCCCAGCUUCGCAGUUUUGACUGCAGAUCGUCUCUUGCGCUUCCUCUCAAGAACAAGCCAUCUCUUUGCGAGGAUGUGCCAACGCAUUGUAGAAGGCACUCGCUGGACAAGAUGUGGACAUUUUGAACGUCAACUGGUGACCGCCCUGCUCGACUGCAGAUCAAAUCACUGCGAGCACUCUGUGUACCAUCCCGAGUGGUGUGAGCGCAACAGGUGCUCACGUAAGUUCGGACCGGAAAUCCACAGGGACGUGCGACGGAUAAAUGCGUUCUGCCACGAUUGUCAGGAAUCUAUCCGACGCGCUAUUCGAGACCGGGAACGCCGAGGCCCGAUCUAUGUGUACGUUCCAAAUACCCUCUAUGAAGAGAGCGACAACGAAAUCGAGGGGUGCGGGUGUUGUUCGGGAUUUGAAUCCGAGGAAGAUGAGCCUGACGACUCAGCUACCUCUGAGCCGGAGGCAGAGGUAAAAGCCAAUGUCUUGUGCUCGAACAACGGGGGAUCGUGCGAGAGGAGGGGUGAUAAGGCAUUGGGCAGAGCCGGAGAUGUCAUCAUUGAGGAAGUAGAUCGAUUUUAGUUUCCUGAAGUUAUCCAAGGAGCGCACAGAUUCUUCGUCACAACAAUGUUGCAUAACAUGAGAGGAUCGCGCCAAGGGCUGGGUGCACAGGGUCAGAAGUGAUCCGUUCAACAGUGAUCGACGCAUGAUACUCCUGAUCCCAACCUGAACCUCCACAAUCGUCGUUCUCCGAUUGCCUGUUUCCCGCCCGGGCGAGACAGUAUAAAUCUAGGACAUAACCUCGCUGGACCCUUAGGAUGUACUCGCGUUUCGGGAAGCCAUGGUGGAUCCUCAUUUGCGGCCUCGUCUUGAUUUUGCUCUUCACUUUCCGAAUGGGCGAAAUGACACCGAGCAUACCUCGCCGGCUCUACUCAAGCAUGAACUCAUCAUUUCACAGAGGAAGAAGAGUUUAUCUGAAUGCCGCCGGGCUGGGCGGUGAGGGCCUCGGGUCGGCGAUGCAUCACUUCAAACAGAGCGUGAUCUUCGCUGAGGCGUUGGACUCGGAGUUUAUCCUCGCCAAUGAGUAUGACUCUGAAUUCCGGUAUUCGUUGUCGAAGAUCUUGAACGGCCCCGUGUUUGAUAACCAGUUCCUCGAUUAUGAUCUGCGCAAUUCCUGCCGCGUGAACGACUUCAUAAAGGACCACGAGAGAGAGAAGCUCGCACAUGGCAUCUGUGAGGGCGCGGAAUGGGCGUCCGAGCGGCUCGAAGAACUGACGAGCGAAAUGAUGGCAUGCACAAACAUCCUCGAUACAUUUAGCCACGAGAUUACGCAAGACCUCAACGGCUGCAUCACACCUUGGUUCCGCUCGCGUUUGCUUCCCGCUCCAUCCCCAACGCACACGCUUCCCCUCCUGACCUAUCCUCCACAACGCCCGAUCCGCAUCGGAGUCCACAUCCGCUGGGGAGACACUUCUAAGACCUUUUCAUCUACAUCCGAGUUGCUCUCGCAUGAGUUCUAUGGCUCGUUCGCCAUGCCCAAUCUGAUCACGGCUCUUAACGAUCUGCGCGAGCUGGCCGGCCCAGCCGGGAUACACGUCCAAGUGGCGAUGGAGAAUGCCGAACAGCGGGUUCUGGACAGUCUCCCUCUGCACACGUCGGAGCUCACGGUCUUGGACUCCCGGGCCGAUGACGAUCUGGAUGACCUGAGAAAGCUGAGCGAGAGCGAUGUCUUGCUCGUGGGCGAGUCAAGUUGGGCGGUGAUGGUGCACAUGCUGGCUCCACCGGGACUCACCAUUGUUCAGGACGGAGGACUGGGCAAGUACAGCAACACUACAGGCUUUGGGAGAGAUGUCAUAUUUUGGAAAGAAUACUCGAUUGAGAAAGUCAGUCAUGGUUUGUUUAAAUAGCUAGAAACAAGAUAUUUGAGAUGGUUAUGUCCA